UCAAUUCAAAACAUUCAGCCGCAAUUAUUUAGUGAGUAUAUAAAAACUAAGAAAUUACUAUUUAGCCUCAACACAGAUUCUAUGGCUUUCAGACAAAGAGAAUUCCGUCCACAACUUUCUGUUCGUUGCGUGUACGAGACUUUGGAGCCACGAUCAGAGACAAAAGACCUCCCAGAAGCUUACAUUCUGCGUGUUUAUAUUCCUGGUUUUCCAAGAGAGAAUGUAAAGAUUACAUAUGUGGCCUCUUCAAGAACGGUGAGGAUUACAGGAGAAAGACCACUUCAAGGCAACAAAUGGCACAAAAUGGACCAAUCAUAUCCCAUUCCUGACUAUUGUGAGCCUGAGGCACUUCAGGGCAAGUUUGAGAUUCCAAUUCUCACCCUUACAAUGCCAAAGAAGAUCACUUCUCAAGUUGCUCCUAAACAACAAGAAGUGGGAACAUCCCAAGAGAAAGGUGAAGCAAAGCCCACAGAAAAUGUACAAGACACCACUCCACCACAACCUACAACAACUACUAGUAAAGUGGAAGAACCAAUUGAAGAGAAGAAAAGUGUUUUACCACCAAGCCCUGACUUAAAGGCACAACAAAAAAUGGAUUCUCAAAUCCUUUCAGAACCAAUUAAGGAUCAAAAGGUGAAAGAGGAAUUGGUGCCAAAACCAACACCACCACCAAGGGUAGCGACAAUGCAAACAUAUGAAAAGUCUCAAAAGGGUCAAGAGGUGGUUGAGUCAAAACCAACAACAACAAUGCUAACCAAGGUCAAAACAGCUGAAAGAUCACAAAAAGGUGAAGAGGAAUUUGAAUCCAAAUCAAAACCAACAAUGUUGACAAAAGUCAAAACAGCUGAAAGAGCCCAAAAGGGUGAAGAGGAGUUUGAAGCAAAACCAACAGCAACAAUGCUGACCAAAGUCAACACAGCUGAAAGGCCUCAGAAGGGUGAAGAGGAAUUUGAAGCAAAACCAACACCAACAAUAAUAACCAAAGUCAAAACAUCUGAAAGACCCCAAAAGGAUGAAGAGGAAUUUGAAGCAAAAUCGACACCAACAAUGCUAACCAAAGUCAAAACAUCUGAAAGACCCCAAAAGGGUGAAGAGGAACGUGAGUCAAGACCUGCAAUAACAAAUGUUACUAGAAAGCUAUCAGUUAUGGAGCAAUGGGAGGAAAAUAAGUCAAAGGAAAAAAGUGUUGAAGAUGUAGAGAAGGAAAGGAUCUCAAAGAAGGAAGUUAAAGACGAACCUUCUGAGUUAACAAAGCCCGAGAAAGAUAAGGAGGAGGAGGAGGAUUUUGAAGAGAAAGAAACCAAGACAGAGAAAUUAUUAGCCAAGGAAGCAGAAAGUUCUGUCCCAAAAGUUCAGAAGAAAAAGGAAAAACAAUCCAGCAGCAGAAGUGAUUCCAAAAGGGAAGGGAAGAGUGAAGAGAAUGCAAUGGAAAAGGUGGGUCCUAUGUCCCAGGUUUUCACCAAAAUAGCAGAAGGGAUAUUAAAUGAGGAAGAGAAAAAAAUAGUUGCAAAUAUUGGUGCUGCUGUUCUGGUCAUUACUGCAUUGGGAUACUAUGUAUCUUAUAGGUUUGCCUCUUGAGGGAGAACCUAAAACAUGUAAUACUCAACGUUUCCUUUCUCACACUUGUACAUGAAUCAUAAACUGUGACUCAAAUCACAGUGGAAUAAAGAGUGCAUGCAAUCUAUGAUUCAUGUUUCAUGUUCUACACAAACGGCAACCAAGUGGGUAAAUAUUCAUAUUUGAUUAUAUAUAUGAAUUUAAACUAUAUAUAUCACCGCAGAUGUGGAAUUUCUUUGGAUUUGACAUGAAUUUGUAAUUUAAAAAUAUUGUUAUUGAUAGUUUUCUAUUUUA